UUAAGCAGUGGGUUGAUAUUUUAUUUGGGAACUCUGCUAUCUGAGCUCUAAGUGACCAGAAAGCUCAUUUAGCCAUUUUUGUUUGGGUUGACUGAUAUUCAUGUGAAUUAAUAAUCAUGUCCUUAGCUCUAAUACUUACUUUCAUUGUGGCCUUCCCCACUUUUAGUCAUGCUUCUUUAAUUCAGCCCACUACAGAGCCCUCUGAAGUGAGAGCUUUGAACUCUAUCUUUGAUCAAUGGGGGAUUAAGGCUGACACUCGGCAAUGGAAUAUAAGUGGGGAACCAUGCAGUGGUGCUGCCAUAGGCGACUCCACCUCCAACGACAAAAACUCAAACAACGCCUUCAUCAAAUGCGACUGCUCUUUCAAGAAUGGCUCCCUCUGCCACAUCACCAAACUGCAAGUCUCUGAAAGGGAUGUUGGUGGUGAAAUUCCAGAAGAGCUAUGGACUCUGACCUUUCUAUCAGAACUGAAUUUGGCCCGGAAUUUCUUGACAGGCUCUCUUUCUCCAUCAAUUGGGAACCUCACUGACAUGCAAGACUUGAGCAUUGAGUCAAAUGCACUCUCUGGGGAGGUACCAAAGGAAUUGGGAAGACUUACUAAGCUAAUAAGUUUGAAAUUUUCAUCAAACAACUUCUCUGGUACCUUGCCGCAAGAAUUGGGGAAUUUAAAUAAAUUGCAAACCCUUGCCAUUGAUAGUUCUGGAGUUAGUGGUGAGAUACCUUCGACAUUUGCAAAUCUCACAAGCUUGCAAAGCGUGUCGGCAUCAGACAAUGAACUAACAGGGAAGAUACCCGGCUUUAUAGGGAAUUGGAGAAAUCUUAAUACCUUGGCUCUUCAAGGAAACUCUUUUGAAGGACCUAUACCACCAACUUUUGUGAAUCUGACUUCUCUAACAGCCUUGAGGUUAAGUGAAAUAUCUAAUGCAAGUUCUUCUCUUGCAUUUAUCAAGGAUAUGAAGUCUUUAAGAUUCUUAGUACUGAGGAAUAACAACAUCACAGACUCAAUUCCUUCUAAUAUUGGAGACUACCAAAAGUUGACAAAGCUUGAUCUGAGCUUCAACAAUAUAAGUGGGCAAAUUCCUCAAUCUCUUUUCAACAUGAGUUCACUAAUAGAACUGUUUCUUGGAAACAAUAGCUUAAGUGGUACGCUGCCCCCACAAAAAAUAAGCACCUCUCUUAAUACUAUAGAUUUAUCAUACAAUAAUUUAGUGGGAAACCUUCCUACUUGGGUCAAUCAACCAAAUUUACAAAUGAAUUUAGUAGGUGGAAACAAUUUCAAUAUAAAAAGUGUAAAGAAGAGUGUUCUUCCCUCAGGGUUAUAUUGCCUUCAGCAGAAAUUUCCUUGCAAUCGAGGCAAAGGCAUCUAUUAUAACUUUGGGAUUAACUGUGGCGGUCCUGAAAUAAGGGCUGAUAAUGGUAUUUUGUACGAAAUAGAUAAUGAAACUCUUGGUCCAGCUACUUAUUAUGUUAGCAGCACUAAAAGGUGGGCAGUUAGUAAUGUUGGAAGCUUUGAUGGGAACAGUCUUGCCAACUUUACUUCAGAAAAAGGUUUCCAGACAGCAAGGCUAUCUGCUUCAUCACUAAGAUAUUAUGGUCUUGGCCUUGAGAAUGGUGCCUACACUGUAGAACUUUCAUUUGCAGAAACAACUUUCCCAUAUAAGUCUUGGAAAAGUAUUGGGAGGCGUGUGUUUGAUAUUUAUAUCCAAGGGAAGCUUGUUUCGAAGGAUUUUGAUAUGAAAAAGGAACCAGGUGGAGAAAAUGGUAACCUUAUUAACAAGGAGUAUAAGAAGGUGAGAGUUAUAGAGAACUACCUUGAAAUCCAUCUUUUUUGGGCUGGAAAAGGAACUUGCUGCAUACCUUCCCCAGGUACUUAUGGACCCUCUAUUUCAGCCAUCAGUGCUAACCCAGAAUUCACUCCUACAGUCAGUAACAAACCUCCAACCAAGAAGAACAAGAGGACCAAUCUCAUUGCAGGGGCUUCUGUUGGUAUUGGAGUUUCAAUCUUUUUCUCUGUGUUUGGAAUUCUAUAUUUUCUAAAAAUAAAAAAGAAGCCUCAAAGCGACAAUGACAACGACGAAGAGCUUUCAGGGAUGGGUGUUAUGCCAUUCACUUUCAGUUAUGCUGAGCUAAAGAUGGCUACAAAUGACUUCAGUUCUGCUAAUAAGUUGGGAGAGGGAGGAUUUGGAGUUGUCUACAAGGGAACGCUUGAGGAUGGAAGAGUAGUAGCCAUAAAGCAAUUGUCAGUGACAUCCCAUCAUGGAAAAAGGCAGUUUGUAGCUGAGAUCGCUACAAUAUCUGCGGUGCAACAUCGCCACGUAGUGAAGUUGUAUGGUUGCUGCCUUGAAGGAGAUAAAAGACUUCUUGUUUACGAGUACUUGGAGAACAAAAGUCUCGAUCGAGCACUAUUUGACCACAGUUUGAAGCUGGAUUGGUCAACACGUUUCAACAUUUGCUUAGGAGUAGCAAGAGGUCUAAGUUAUCUCCAUGAGGAAUCACACAUUAGAAUUGUCCACAGAGAUAUAAAAGCCAGCAACAUUCUGCUGGACUCUAAUCUCAAUCCCAAAAUAUCAGAUUUUGGUUUGGCAAAGUUUUAUGAUGAUAAAAAGACUCACAUAAGCACCUGCGUUGCUGGGACAUUUGGUUAUCUUGCUCCUGAGUACGCUAUGAGUGGGCACCUAACAGAGAAGGCUGAUGUGUUUGCCUUUGGUGUUGUGGCGCUUGAGAUUGUUUGUGGCCGUCCCCGCUCUGAUCUGACCUUGGAACAAGAAAAAGUUUAUCUUCUUGAAUGGGCUUGGAACUUGCAUGAACGAAAACGUGAAGUUGAAUUGGUGGAUUUAACACUGUCAUCGGAGUUUAAGGAGGAAGAAGUAGUGAGAGUGGUAGAAAUAGCUCUUUUAUGCACCCAAACAUCACCGUUUGCUCGGCCACCAAUGUCUCGAGUGGUGGCAAUGCUUUUGGGUGAUGUUGAAGUAAACCAAAAAAUGUCAAGACCUGGCUACUUCUCUGACUGGAGAUUCAGUGAUGUUAGCAGCAUAGUGAGUGAUAUUACUGCUACUAACCAUUAUUACUCGUCUUCGAGUUUAAACACCAUGGAGGUCAAAUCAUCACCCACUAAUACGACUCGACCUAUGCUUUCACAAUCACAAGUACUUUAGAUCAACUUACAUCAUUCCUCUGUUUUUAUUCAAAUAUUAUAAAAUUAGAGAGAUAACAUCUAUUCUUGAGACUGAAUAUCAAGUUAAGUUUGGAUAUGAUUUUUGUGCGCAUGUAAUUACUAAAUUUUAUUGUAUUUUAUAUUGAAAUUAAAUGGUUAUCUCUUAACUUGGUUCCCACUCUGUUUAAAUUGAAAGAAUCCAUCAUGCUAGUA